UUCAGGAAGAGCACCGACCUCCUCAGGCACCAUCGCAUCCACAGUGGGGAACGGCCCUACACGUGUGGGGAGUGUGGGAUGAGCUUCAGGAACAGCUCCAAUCUGUGCACCCACCGUCGCAUCCACAGUGGGGAACGACCCUACACAUGUGGGGAGUGUGGGAAGAGCUUCAAACAGAGCUCCCACCUGCUCCAACACCAGAUGAUCCAUAGUGGGGAAAGGCCCUACACAUGUGAGGAAUGUGGGAAGAGCUUCAGCCAGAGAUCCACCCUCCACACCCACCGUCGCAUCCACACUGGGGAACGGCCCUACAAGUGCUUGGAAUGUGGGAAGCGCUUCAGCAACAGCACCAACCUCCUCAGCCACCAGCACAUCCACACCGGAGAGCAGCCCUACACAUGUAGGGAAUGUGGGAAGAGCUUCAGGAACAGCUCCACCCUCCACAAGCACCAGCGCAUCCACACUGGGGAGAGGCCCCACAAGUGUGGGGAGUGUGGGAAGAGCUUCAUCCGGAGGGCUGCCUUGACCAAACACCAACGGACCCACCUGUAGGGAAGCCCCGAGUGCCCCGACUGCGGGAAGAGCUUCGGCCGCUGCUCCAACUCCAUCAGCCAUCGGAGGACCCGCGUUGGAUGAUCCACAGGGACCCCCGUUGGGCACAGACCUGGUGACCAACAUUCCUGGUGACCCCUGUUUAGCAGAGACCUGGGGCUGGAAUAGAGUUCAAACCUGGAAGAAGAAGAAGGACUGGCACAUCUGAUGAGAAAGAGAAGACUCCAGUUCCCGGAUAACAUGAAGGUCAGGAUGGUCUCCCCAAAGAAAAACCCUGAGAGACCCCUGGUGUGAAAGGAUGUACUGAGGGAUGGGGCCAGUGAAGGUCCCCCAGCCUUUCUUCACAACCAUCCUGCAGGGUGGGAAUAGGGAACCUUUUUGACCUCUGUGAUUUAUCUGUCAAGAAAGAACAGAUGCCUGUCAUGUUACCCCAAAUUUAGCUUUGUGACUAAAGUAAAUUUAAAACUCCACCUA